CUUUUGUAAAACGUAUGUACGACGAUGAUUUUAAUCAGCGUCAAACGUGGGAAACCGUCUGGAAAUCAAAACAUGGUUCUGUUUAUAUUUUUAUGACGAUUUGAUCAUAUUAACAGCCAUGGAGAUGCUUGAAACUUGGGUGAAUGACAAGCUUCAUGACAUUGUCGGCAUUUCAGACAAGCAUAUAACCCAGUACAUGAUAGGAUUGGCAAAAAAAGCGGCCUCAACAGAGCAUUUUGUCGAGUCCAUCAAAGAUACCGGAGUCAUCGACAUCGACACGAACGUUUUAGGUUUUGCCCGGGAAUUAUGGGGAAAGGUACCGCAUAAAGCUGAGGCUGAGAAAGUCGGGAGGAAAAGAGAACGAGAGGCACUAGAGUUACAAAAGAAAAAUGACAGCUACACAGUUCUGUCGGAUGAGGACAGUGAAGAAGAAACUUAUUUACCCAAAAAGAAGGAAAAGAAAGAUAGAAAGCAGAAACAUUUCAGGAAAAAGCGCGAAUCGUCUGAUGAAAGCAGUGAAGAAGAAAGUCGGAUGAACCUUGAUAAAGAUGACCCGCUGACAGACUCGGACUCGGAGGAUGAGUUUGACCAACAGGAACAACAGAGAUUACAGGACAUUGACGAGAGGGAUCAAUUUGCCAAACGCCUUCGUGACAAAGACAAAGCCAGCACACGCCAGAUCAUGUCUAAGUCAGAGAAAAAGGCUUUGGAAGAAGCAAAAAAACGUUUGGAAAUGGAGGCAGAGGAUAAGAAAAAACUUAUUCCUGAAAUAAGGGAGAAAUCCCGACAGGAGUACCUAAAGAAAAGAGGAACACAGAAGCUGGAGGACUUGGAGGCUGAUAUCAUAGAUGAGGAGUAUCUCUUUUCUGAAACAAAACUAACAGAAAAGGAAAGAAAAAAUCUGAAUUAUAAGAAGAAAGUUUUGGAAAUAGCCAAAGACCAUCGACGAGCAGGGGAAAAGGAGAAGGUGAACCGUUACCAUAUGCCAAAGGAAGACGACAAGCCAUCUGAACGCUAUGAGGAAGAGGUCCUUGAAAAGGGAGUUAACUCUGAACAACAGCGCUGGGAAGAGGAUCAUCUUGGUGCUGCUAUCAUGAAAUUUGGGGCGCGUGAUGCUAAACAACGAGCAAAAGAAAAAAACAAAACCAAAGACUAUGAUUUCAUCAUGGAUGAGGAAAUAGAAUUUGUGCAGGCACUACAGAUGCCAGGAAGUAAGAAAACCAAGGAUAAAGAGCCAGAGAUGUCGGAUGCGGAGAGGAAGAAGAUGACGAUAGAAGAAUGUAAAAAGAGCCUUCCAGUGUUUCCUUUCAAGCAGGAUUUAUUGGAUGCUAUAGAGGAACACCAGGUCCUCAUUAUUGAGGGGGAGACCGGGUCAGGAAAGACCACACAGAUCCCACAGUACCUACAUGAAGGGGGUUUCACAAAGAAUGGCAUGAAGAUUGGAUGUACACAGCCGCGGAGAGUGGCAGCCAUGUCAGUGGCAGCUCGUGUGGCCGAGGAAAUGGGCAAGAAACUGGGAAAUGAGGUUGGGUACAGUAUCCGUUUUGAAGAUUGUACCUCAGAUAGGACUAUCAUAAAGUACAUGACAGAUGGUAUGUUACUGAGAGAGUUCCUGGGGGAGCCUGACCUAGCCAGUUACAGUGUGAUGAUAAUUGAUGAGGCCCAUGAGCGUACCCUCCACACAGAUGUCCUGUUUGGACUGGUCAAGGACAUCGCCCGCUUCAGACCAGACCUCAAGCUUCUCAUAUCAAGUGCUACACUGGACGCAGAAAAAUUCUCCGCGUUUUUUGAUGACGCCCCCAUCUUUCGCAUUCCUGGGCGACGUUUUCCUGUGGACAUCUAUUACACCAAGGCUCCAGAGGCUGACUACCUUGAUGCUGCUGUUGUGUCUGUACUGCAAAUCCAUGUAACACAGCCUAGCGGUGACGUCCUGGUGUUCCUCACAGGCCAGGAGGAGAUUGAGUCAUGUAACGAGAUGUUACAGGAGAGAACUAAGAAGCUUGGGAGUAAGAUAAAGGAAUUAAUCAUCUCGCCGAUCUACGCCAACCUUCCAUCAGACAUGCAGGCCAAGAUAUUUGAGCCCACACCCCCAGGAGCCAGGAAGGUUGUCAUAGCUACCAACAUAGCCGAGACAUCUUUGACAAUAGAUGGCAUCAAGUAUGUCAUAGAUCCAGGCUUCUGUAAACAGAAUAGCUACAAUGCUAGGACAGGCAUGGAGUCCCUCAUUGUCACACCUAUAUCUAAGGCCUCAGCUAACCAACGAGCAGGUCGUGCGGGAAGAGUGUCUGCGGGGAGGUGUUUUCGUCUGUACACGGCUUGGGCGUACAAAAACGAGCUUGAAGAUAAUACAAUACCAGAAAUCCAGCGAACUAACCUGGGAAAUGUGGUGCUCAUGCUCAAGUCACUGGGCAUCAAUGACCUUAUUCAUUUUGACUUCAUGGACCCACCACCCCACGAGACCCUUGUCCUCGCCCUGGAACAGUUGUACGCUCUCGGGGCUCUCAACCAUCGUGGAGAGCUCACUAAACUGGGGCGUCGCAUGGCUGAGUUCCCCGUAGACCCCAUGAUGUCCAAAGCUAUAUUGGCAUCGGAGCAAUACAAGUGCUCUAAGGAGAUCCUGUCGGUUUGUGCUAUGCUGUCCGUCAAUAACGCUAUAUUUUACCGCCCUAAAGACAAGGUCGUCCAUGCUGACACAGCUCGACAAAACUUUUUCCGUCCAGGUGGUGACCACCUGACCCUGCUGAAUGUGUACGACCAAUGGGAGGAAACCUCUCACUCCACACAGUGGUGCUACGAGAACUUCAUUCAGCAUCGGUCCAUGAAGCGAGCUCGGGAUGUCCGCGACCAGCUGGAGGGGCUAUUGGAAAGGGUGGAGAUCGAGAUGACCACCAGCCCUGGUGACACCAUAGCUAUCCGCAAGGCCAUUACUGCUGGAUUUUUCUACCACACUGCACGACUUGGCAAGGGAGGUAAUUACCGGACUGUGAAGCAUCAACAGACAGUCCUGGUCCACCCCAACAGUAGCCUAUUUGAGGACCGACCUCGCUGGCUUAUUUACCAUGAACUUGUGUUUACUACCAAAGAGUUCAUGAGACAGGUGAUAGAGAUAGAGAACUCCUGGCUCCUAGAGGUCGCACCUCACUACUACAAGUCUAAAGAACUGGAGGACACCUCAAAACGGAAAAUGCCAAAAAAUACAGGGAAAACUCUGGAUGAUGUUACAAGACAGUAUUGAUCUACAAAGGGAUUUCUUUUAUGAAGUCAUGGAAGCCAACUGUGUGCCUUAGAUUUUGAGUUGUGAAUGUAAACUUAAAGACUGUUUUACGUGUGACUGUCAGCAAUGUGAAAGCUAUACAUACAGAAAAGUUUGAGGAUGUAAUGGAAAUUACAUAAUGGAACCUAUUGGAGCUCUUCAGUUGGAUUCAUAAUGACAAGUGAAUCAUGAUAAAAAUGUUUAACACUUCUAAUUCCACUGUGCUGUAACUCACAUUUACAUGAUAUUGUCAAAAAAACACAGCUGGUCAAAAUAGCUGUCAGGUCAAUAGACCACUGGUAAUAAUGACAACAAUGAAGGUAUAAUUUUGUAUCCCUCUCUCCAAUGGGGGGAACAAUCCCAUAACGAUUCAUCGUCACAGCUCUACCAACUUUUAUUUCUCAACAGAUUUUCAUCAAAUGUCAAAGGUCACUGUUGCUAUUAUUGGUCACCCAUUGUUAUUUUGUCAACAUAUUCUUAGUCAUCAGUUUACAGACUACAGGGGUAGGGGGACAUUACAGUUUCUAGUUUUUACUUUAUUUUGACAAGUACACAAUCACAGUCAUGUAAAAUGCAUAUUUUGGGAUAUUUUGGGCUAGUGGUUUUGUAUCAGUCAAAACAUAAUUUAAACUAUGAACAGAAAAAACAUGUUUAUAUAUAUAUAUAUAUAUAAAAAAGGGAUUAAAUG